AUGUGCAAAGAAAUGAACGCCCCGGUCCUGCCGGAAUCCAAAAAAGUCAAUGCCACCGCAACGCACACCUACGACCUCAGCGCCGACUACAACUUCCUCUUCGACUCGGCCUUCACAGACGCCAUCCAAAUGAACCAAUACGAGCACGACUGUCUCUGUCAACCCUCCACGCCCAUGGUGCACUACUGCUGCCCGGGGUGCAGGGGGCGUACAUACACACCCACCGAAGAGGACAGGAAGGACCUCAAGGCCGUUUUAGUUGACUAUGAUUUCGCUGAGACUAAACCCGAGAAAGUGGUGGAGCAGCUCCUUGAGCUCAUUAUUAGGACCCUACCACUCUCCAUGUAUACCUAUGGAAGGUCCCACCAAUCGAUCACUACCCAGGUUGGCGUUGCGACCCUCUUCUUUGCCGACAUCCCCAGCGCCCACCGCUUUGCCGGUCAUCUUGCACAUGCAUGUGAGGACUAUUAUUAUCAUGAAGAGUACCUGCAUACUCUGUACCACGGUGCCAUGUAUGAUGCCGAUUGGUCACCCAUCACCGCUACCCAUGCAAUGAUGGGGAGGCAGCAGAUGGACACUAAUCGUCUGCAUAAGAGACUCAUGAUGGGGUACUUGGGUGGUGGUGUGGGCGCGGGUUAUGUGGGGCCGAGGAACCAUGAAAUCUUGGAGGUCUUGGAAAAGGAUAAAAGUGUGGAGACCUGCAGAGGUGUUUGUGGGGUUUACCUGGCCAGCGGUAAGAAAGGCUGGUUUGGGGUUAAGAGGUUGGUGUAUGUACCACAUGAACCUAUUGUAGGCGAGGUGGUCAAGUGGAGUUCGGAAUGGAUUGGAGAUGCGGUGUUGGGUGAGGAAGAUGAUGAUGACGAAGCUUGA